AUGCAACUAGCCCAGCGCAAGACGCACAACCUAAUUUUGGCGGCCCGAAGCAAGGACAAGCUAGACUCUGUUGCUCAUGCAGUAUCAGAUCAGGUUCAUGUUAAAGUGAUCAUAUCCGACCUCUCGGUCGCAGGAGCGGCAGAGAAGCUGGAUCUGGACACACAGAGUCUCGACGUGGCCCUCUUGAUCAACAAUGCCGGGGUGGCCUUCGGCGGUCCUUUCGAAGAUAUGCAGUACGAGGAUGUCCAGAAACUCGUCUCGAUCAACAUUGUUGCAUUGACGGAAUUGUUCCAUAUCUUCCUCCGCAGGAUCAAGGAGCAGCACAAGAAGCUCAGCGAGCAGCAAAAGGGGUCCGACCACGCCCUCGCUGGCAUCAUCAAUAUCUCGUCCAUGUCCGGUUUCAUGCCGAUCCCUUCGAUGGCGCUCUACGCUGCCUCUAAGGCUUUCGUGCUUUCGCUCACCGAGAGUGUGUAUUCCGAACAGCGCAACGAGGGGUGCGAUCUUCGUGUCGUGGUCAGCUGCCCUGGCGUGACCAAAACCGAAAUAUGGACCAAGGGCGGAGCCAGCGAGAAGUCAGUCGUUCUGCCGCUGGGUACGAAGGAGCACGUGUGUGCCACCACUCUGGCUGCGUUGGAUGCGCGGGACAAGCCGAUGAUCAUUCCUGGCUAUUUCAACAACCUUUCGGUGGCCAGCUUGCGCAUCGCGCCGCGAAGCCUUGUUCGCUUCCUCAGCCGACGUCUGAUGGGGCAGGACCCUUCGCUGCGGGAAGCUGAGGAAGUCAAAGAGGCAUUUGCCAGAAUGGGACGCACUUUGCCCACUCGAUCCUAA